CAUGGAUCCAUUAACAAGGUACAAAAUGAAAUUAGAAAAAGAUAAAUAGCAUAUGCAAGAAUAUGAAAGAAUUUAAAGGGAAAAAGAGCUACAGAAUGAGAUGAAGUUAAAAUAAAAAAAUGACAAAUAUCAUAAUAUAUAAAAAUAAUAGGAUAGAUAAAAAGAAAUAUCUCAACUCAAAGCUGAAUUAAGAAAAAAUCAUGUUGAUAGAACAUUGUUUCAAAGUUAAUAAAUUGAGCAAGAAAAGUUAAAUGUACAAUAAAUAAUCUAGAUAAUAGGGGUAUAAAAAAAAAAUAGCUAAAACUCUAGAUUCCCUAGAAAAAUUUGAGAAUGGAUAUCAAAAAGAAUUUAAAACAUCUUUGCAUAGAAAACUUUCUAAUCAUUCUCAUCAAAUAGAAUUCGUAUAAUAAUAAAAUGAAACAAUCAUGGAAAACAAGAUUAACAAAAUUAAUCAAUCUCUAGAACUUCGAUUCAAAAAAUCAGAGGAUGUAUUUUCUUUUAAAUAAAUUUAGGUUUUAUCAAAUCUAUCUAAAUAAAAUAGUGAAAGAAAAAAAAGUGAAAAAAUAAAAGUUGAAACUUAUUAGCAGCUAGUUUAGAAACAUUAAGAAAGACUAUAAUAGUUAAGAGAUUAAAAAGCUUAAUAAUUUGAGGAAAAAUUGGAAAAAGUUGAUAAACUGUAAAAAUUAAAAGAACAAUAAUAAAGAGAAAAAUAAUUAUUGAGAUUGGAAGCAGAUAAAUUAAAAGAAAAAAUGAGCAAAGAAUUUGAAUAAGAAUUAGCAGUAAAUAAAAUAAUAUAUAUAUUUUUAGAAAAUGAAAUCUAAGCAAAUUAAAUUAAUAUAGAAUUGA